GCCACCUUCUCGGUCCCCGGCCGAGUCGGCCCGACAUUUAUGCGGCCGAGGCACUUUCGCUCGGCCGCGUCGGGCCGGCUCGCCUCGAUAUUAUGAAUUCAUCUUUACAGCAAUAAUAAUCUCGUAAGAGGCGCGCGAUGAUUACGCUCUAAAUCCUCGCGCGCCCGUCUCGCUGACAUUAAUACAAGCUCGCGGGGAUCAGCGGUCCAAGAAUUUUCCGAAUUUCUGAAAAGGGAGAAAGCGUCCGCGGCGCGCGAUGUUUGCAAACGAUCCUUUUUAUCAGUGUUUAUCGCAUUUAUGAAUAUCGCCCCCGUAUUCACGAAUUCUCGCAACAAAGUUCGUACAAUAUUCUUGACGUCAGGCAUUCGCCGCGUAAUGAUUAAAAAACAUGUCGCUCAGUUUGAUUGCUUUUUAAGGAUGUAAUCUUUUUUUUUCUCUCGGUCCCACGAUUUCGUCACAAAAAUCCGCGAGGAAGUGACGGUACGAUUAUGGUAAAGGUUUUUGCCUGUCCACGGACGACGCAUCGUUAUUCGUGAUCUCUGCUCCGAAACGGUGUUUACAGAAUGCACGGUAAUAAGAAAUUCAUGGCUUCCUUCUUUUCAUUCAUAGGCAGCGCAAUCAUUUUCCCUCGCGAAGCUGAUUAUUCAGUAAGGUCUCCUUGACCGUCCCGAUUGUUCCCCGUGCACAUUCUCGCGUGCUGCAAGGUCGAAAAUGCUAACAAUGGGCACACGUUAACGGCGUGCACUUACGCACGCGCGCGUCGUGAAAUAGUAAAAAUAUUUCCUGCUACAUAAAUUAAUUCUCUGCCGCUCCUGUCAGUUUGGAGAACCUAUGUGUCUUGCGCAGACAGCGCGGCAUUUAUGAGCGUAUGAUGAUUGCCAUCUCUUGAAACGGAGAGAAUUUAUUUUCUAAUCGUCGCAUCGAUCAAUCAUAUAUUAUAUCUAUUAUACUCGGCACUUUUACCACUUGAAACUCUAAACGGAUCCAAGUAAAUUACAGUAUAAGAGCGCGACUGUGAGCAGCGCAGAUACGGUAAAAUUUUUACUAGAGCUAGUUUCCAUCGCUAUUGAGCACAUAACAUUGAUACACCGGCAGUAAUCAUCAUUUGCACGGGAACGCGCGCGUGUGUCGCGUGUGACAAACGCGCAGCACACGACACAUCGACGGUCUCCAACGCUUAUGUGUGCGAUCCGUAUGUCCGGUGCCCUUGCACGCGCAGGUGAAUGCUUGGAGAACGCAUAUGUAUCGUCUCUCUCUCUCUCUGGCAAUUUAUACAUAGAUAAUUUCCUUCUCAUGCGUCUCCACGUGCGCUGAAAAACCCCAUUGUCACGACCUUUCGUCGCACGCUUUUAUCAGUUAUUUCUCAUAGUUUCGGAACGUGCAGGUUUAUAUUUAAAUAUCACUGCCAGGCAUUUAAAUAUCACUACCGGGGCGAGAGUAGGAUAAGAAAACAAGAGUGGCAGGGAAGCUAUCGGGUCCAGGCAUUGACGAUUUCUGCGUUAUCGUUGCGAGCAUGGUAUCGGUGACGGACUUUCGGCGAAGCCAAUUCUCUUGAAGCGGUACCAGAUGCCGGCAGAGUCUAUACGUGAUCCGUGCUGCACUCUGCAGGAACUUGCUCUAACGCGAUGUACCGAAGGAUCUUUCAGCACUCUCGAGUCGAAUUUAAUUUUUAAACGACAGCUCACGAGACUACUGAAAAAGAGAUAGCCAUUUUUCUAUAUUUUUGUCACGUGGAAAUUCUUGGGACAAUUUAUUAAGCUGUCUCUGUAACGAAAAUCUUGAGGUGCCAAGUAAACGUAGGAAGAAAUGCAUUUCAGAAAUACGUAAAGUAGACUUUUCCGGUAGAAUAAGACUGUCCAGUCGAGAUUAUUAUUAUAAGUUUUUAAACGCUAAAUUAUUUUGUGUUUUUGAAACAAGAUGAUUAAAAAGUUUACUGUCCUAAAGGUUUUGUUAAGAGAGAAUGUCGUCUUUCGAUUCUACAAAUAUGAAAAGGAAACGUGGCAAUAUUGAAACACUCUGUAUGAAUAGCAACACAAUUUACAUAUCAAUGAAUACGCGCCAGGAACAAUGCAUAUUUAUUCGUUUUUAGUCACAUGACAGGUUACGAUAAAUCAUUCACGAUAUUCGUAAUUGUAUUGCAAAUAUUUUAGAAAUCGAUCGGUCAUUCUUCACAAACUGUGAUCGCAUUUGCAACAUAAAUAAGUCUAAUAAAACAUAGGUAUCUGCCAGUCCACCGUAACUGCAACACUAUCGAUAAGAUGAUAAGUCGCUUCCGUCGAUUUUCGCGAUAAGACAGGCGAACCUUUCUUUAUCAUACCAUAUCGUGUAAUAAGAAAAUCGACUGAUAAUUUAAACACAUGCGCGCCCCCAAAUAUACAAAAUGCCUAUAAAAUUCUUAUACGUAUGAAUAGAUUUUGGUGCCGCUUUAAUAAAUUGACAAAAUAGUAUAUUUCUAGAAUAAGAUACGCGUUUGUCAUGUCAAUUAUGUUUCACACAAAAAAAACACGAUAUAUCGACGAUGAAUUUCGAUAUAUUUUAUUGCAAGAUAAUAAUGUAGCCACUAGUCCGGCAUCGCCUUGAUCAGGAGAUUCAAAUAGCCGGAAGAGAACUAUAUUUACAAAGGUAUAAGAAAAGAAUUCCGAGCUGUCACGGCGCAAACGUCUGACAUGCUACUCUGGUGCCAUUUUGCGCUGUUGUAUUUCUGUUCAAGAUAGCGGCAGAAAAAGAGCGAGGGAAGAAGAGAAUGAAGGAACAAGCAUGUUCUACAAAUAGACAUUUUGGUGUAAUGUACUUUCUUUCUUGUAAUAAUGACUUUAUGAUGCUAAUUGAAAUUUAUUCUAAACGUAAUGAAAUUAAAUUGUUGCGAAAUAUGAUUGAAAAGCAAUUUUAUCCGAAACCUGAGGAGCUCAAUAUUCUAAAACUCGGAAAUCAGAAUAAUGUAUAAUAGCUAAACGUAAAAUAGUUAUUUAGAGUUAUUGAAAACUAAUUUAACUUGAAGGGAUAAGUUAUUUUCUACCAUAAAAAUUUUUGAAUGCAUGAUAUAAUGUAAUUUACUUCAAUGAUUUUUCUUGCUGCUAUCAAAGUGGCGAUGUAAAUAUUGAUUUAAGUGCGCCGAUUGCUAACGAACUCGAAACAUUUUAGUCAUUGAGCAGAUAUGUCCGAUUCGACCGUAAUUUAUUCGCCUCGGCGAAGACUUUUAUUGCUGUACUUUGAUUGUAAGUCCGGUUAUGAGUCCACGCCAGAUAGGCAGGAACGAAGUUCAAGGGAAACUGGUAAAGAACGUAUAGGCGAAUUAAUUAAAAUUUUUUUUCGAGAAAGCGAGAAUACUCUUAUUCUAUAUGAGGUCUGUAAUAACAUUUCAACAUGUUUGUUGCAGUUAAUAUCCACUACAGCAUAUAAUUUAGAAAAGAUUCAUUCAUUUAUCGCACUUCGAUUAAAAAAUCGAAAAAACGACGACGUAGAAAAAAAACACAAAAGUGACGAUCAUUUCCCUUGGAUACCGUUUCGUUGACGUCAAUGAAAAUUUCGCGUGCCAAAUUAGAAUUAUCAGUAAAACAAUGCGGGGAAUUUAAAAUGAUUUAGAGUACAUAUUUUACUGUGCCGUUUGUAUCUCAUGGAUUGCGAUACGUGUUCUCGGAAAGGAAUUGCAAAUACAUUCCUGCCAAAUUGUACGCAACGCAGGUAGAUAUCCCCUACGUUUAAGUAGACCCUCCGACGUCAUUUGGUCCUACCGUUUCGAUCCCCGUAUAAAAAUGCUUUCAGCGAAAUUAAUAUUUAUGCAAAUAGUAGAACUUUUUCGCCGUUUUCGCGUGUGUUUUCGAUGAGUAAUAUUAUCGACAAUAAAACUUAUCAAGAUGACGCAAUCGUGCAUACAAAGUAUACUAAUGAAUAUUUGUUAAAAGCAGACAUGCCUGCUAGACGGACUCCAAAGGUCGAGGCCCUGGUUGUAAACGCUAUACGUAGGCUGCAAGAUGUGCAAGGCUCGACAUCGCGAGAAAUUAGUAACUAUAUUUCCCAGGAGUACAAUGUUCCUAUCGAGGAGACCAGGCAGCAGGUCCAGUUCGCUUUACGACGCGGGUUGUCCUAUGGGAUUCUUAAGUGUUCAAAGGGAGGAUACUAUUCGUGCAAUCGCGACUACCUCGGGCAGUUCUCGUUAGAGAAUGGCAUGGGUGAUGGGGUGAUGGAACCUUGUCCACUACAACCUUGGCGAAAGCGCGGAAUCGAAAGAUGGAGACGAAAAAUGAAGAGGAGAAAAAGAGAAGCAAGAGAGCGGUCAAGAAAGAGAAGAGAAGAAGAGAACGUCGAAGAGGAAGACGAAGCAGAAGUAGAAGAAGAGGAGGAAGAGGAAGAAAAAGCGUAG